UAAAUGUCAACUGAUUUCCAUAAAAACCAACUCUUUAUUAAUUACAUAUAUAUAAUUACACCCUCAACAAUUUCAAUCUACACAUAAAUGAUCAUGGAAAAACAUUCCUCCAAUCCAAAAUCCAAAUUCAUGAAAUUUCUUCCCAGAGCCGCCUCCGCCGUUAAUUUCCACAACCCACCGGUCAGUCCCGGUAGGGAAACUCGACCACUCGCCGGUCGAGGAUUUUCCGGUCCGAUGAAGUUUUCGAUCAUACCACGGGAUGCGCGAAUUACCAAAUCCAAUAACUCCGGUUUCGAAACGCCGGAGCCUACGUCGCCGAAGGUGUCGUGCAUCGGCCAAAUCAAGCACAAGAAGAAGUUGAAGGACUUGGCUAAGACGGCUGCGGCGACGGUUGAGUCCAAAAAUCGGCUUCCGCCGUCGAGGAUUAAGAGAAUUUUUACAGGUGGGAAAGUACAAGGGAGGGCAAAAUCCAGCGUGGCGGGGGCUCAGACGGGGAAAGCGCCGUUGCCGGAGAGAGCGCCGGGGGUGAAUCAGAUGAAGAGAUUCUCGAGUGGACGUGGGGCUUUGGCGAAUUUUGAUUGGACAGCACAGAUUGCUCCGGAGGAUGAGGUGGAGGGAGAGGAGCGGAGAACGGUGUGGAUUGGUGAAGAAGUAGGGCCAUUUCAACCGAGAAAAGCAGUAAAUAUAUGGAAGAGAAGAACCGUAGUUCCCCCAACACCUCUUCAACUCAGCUCAACCAUUGUCAAACAAAAAUGAUACUAUACUCCUUUGCUUUUUUUCUUUUUUCUUUUUGUAUUUUUACCCCAAAAGAAAGGAAUGUAAGAAUAUUUGAAUAUAAAUCUAGAAUGGCAAAUUUCAUUUUCCGUAAAGAAAAAGGAAAUUAAUCGGCAACUUUACACUUACAGAGUAUUAAUUUCUGGAUUGAUAUUGAUUUUAGGUAAUACAUGUAUUUGUGUUAGGUUUUUGUUCAAAUGUGUUUUAUGAAGUUUAUCGAUUUAUGUUGGUACGGUUUGAUUUAUAGUAUUAUCAUAUUAUUACC